AUGAUAGAAUGCUAUUACAAAGAAAUAGAAAACGAAGAAUGUGACUGAAAAGGAGAAGCCUCUGAAGUUCCAAGCCAUUUAAUAUCUCAGCACAGCAUCUGCGAAUACACCAGCUGUAAACACAAUAAAAUAAUGCUUGAGCUAGAAUUUGAUGAAAAUUCUGGCUUCAGGUUUUUACUUUUGACCUUCCAGAAAGACGAAAAGCCGAUUCCUUUUAUAUUUGAAGGAGUCAUAGCCCAUACCACUAUAAUGAUUUCUAAAAUAGGCAGGGAAGGACCUUUGUGGCUCUAUCGAAUGGAGGAGCUUGAUCCGAACUCAGCCAUCAAAAUCUGAGACCUCCACUCUGCUAUCUCCUGUUCCUCAACACUUCUACACUUAGACUCCACUACUUUCGACACCCUUUCCUUCGACUGUUUGCUUCCCUUUUUUUGGCGCGAAAUGGGCCGGUUAAAAAAAAAAUAUAGGAAUAAUAAAUUAAAGCUAUAAUUAAUAAUUUUAAUUAAAUUUUAUAUUUGAAGAAAGUAUGAGUGAAAAUAAUUUGAUAAGUUUACUGUUAAGAAGCCCAUCUGAAGAAAUCAUUAGGUACAAAAUGAAAAUAGAGGGAAAAGUUUCGUCUAUUGAAUAUGAAGGAAACGUGCAGAAGUUUGAUGGGAAAAAUAUAGAGGAAAACCAACAGUGCUUAAAGGUCCAUGCAAGGCAGAUGCAGCAUUUUUCUUAUAUAUCUGAUGAUGGGGAAAAAAGAUAUAAAAUUGUGUUAACAGUGUUAUAA